CCCAUCCCGAUUAGGUUCUAGAAAAUUCACUGUGAAUUUAAGAGCCUCAGGAAUCUUCCAGAGGCAGAAUAGACUUUAGAAACGACGUUAGAGUCGCAGUUAGCCCAACUUGCCUUAAGACGCUGUUCUCUCCAGUUCGCAGAGGAAUUCCACACAUUUUGCCAGGAAAAUGGUGAAGGAAACCGGAUUCUAUGACAUUCUGUGCGUGAAGCCCACCGCCACUGCGGAUGAGCUUAAGAAGGCCUAUAGAAAACUCGCCCUGAAGUAUCACCCGGACAAAAAUCCCGAUGAAGGAGAGAAGUUCAAGCAAAUAUCACAAGCCUACGAGGUUUUAUCGAAUCCGGAAAAGCGUCGCGUUUAUGACGAAGGCGGCGAGCAGGCCCUGAAGGAAGGCGGCACCGGAGGCUCAUCCUCUGCCAUGGACAUCUUCGACAUGUUCUUCGGCGGUCCCUUCGGAGGUGGCGGCGGUGGCGGCAGGUCCCGCGACCGCAGAGGCAAGAAUGUCAUCCACCAGCUGAGCGUGUCCCUGGAGGAGCUGUACAAGGGCGCCGUGCGGAAGCUUGUGCUGCAGAAGAACGUCAUCUGCGACAAGUGCGAGGGCAGAGGCGGCAAGAAGGGCGCCGUAGAGGUCUGCAACAACUGCCACGGCAAGGGCAUCGAGGUGCACAUCCAGCAGCUGCGACCUGGCAUGGUGCAGCAGAUCCAGUCCGUCUGCAGGGAGUGCCAGGGCCAGGGCGAGCGCAUUCCGGCCAAGGACCGAUGCAAGAACUGCGGAGGAAGAAAGGUCACUAGGGAUCGUAAGGUGCUUGAAGUUCAUGUCGACAAAGGCAGAUGCGACGGCGAGAAGAUUGUGUUUAGCCGCGAAGGCGAUCAGGAACCUGGUCUUGAGCCUGGCGACAUCAUUAUUGUCCUCGACGAAAAGGAACAUCCUACUUACAAGCGGUCUGGUAACGACCUCAUCCUGCGUAUGGAGCUUGAGCUGGUCGAAGCCCUGUGCGGAUUCAAGAAAACCAUCAAGACUCUAGAUGAUCGUGAACUUGUGAUCUCCACCAUUCCUGGCGAAGUCAUCAAGCACGGUGACAUCAAGUACGUUGAAAACGAGGGAAUGCCGCAGUAUAAGAACCCGUUCGAGAAGGGGCGUCUGCUCAUCCAAUUCUUCGUCACCUUCCCAACCAAGAUUCCAAUUGACAAGAUUCCUGGACUGGAAAGCUGCCUUCCUCCUGCACAAGAGGCAUUAAUCCCUGACUUAGCGGAAGAAGUGAUUCUGCAAGAUUUGGACCCAAAGGCUGAGGCGCGUAGUCAGCGAGAGCGUGCGCACGGACCAGCUUACGAGGAAGACGAGGACGGUUUCGGCAUGGGCUCAGGCCCCGGCCGGGUGCAGUGCGCCACUCAGUAGAAAGUUUCGCUGCCCUUUCCACCGCGUAAUUAUUUAUGUCCAUUAGCCUGGCGACCAGAGCACUAUGCUGCCUCUGGUUAUCCAACAAUAGAGUCUGCAUCGCGGAGACAUACACACAGACACUACUCUCACCGAACUCAAAAAUUUACUUACAGCGAAAUAGAUCAUUCCUUUGUACACGAAUCAUGUUUUCCGAUGGAUAAUUAUUAUUAUGUCGUGGCACCAGAACCCUGUUUCUUCUAUUCAACUGGUUUGCAUUAGAAAGGAAUGUGGGAAAUGCUGUCUGAAAUUUUUGAUUCCCCAAUGAUUUUAAUUAAACAUUUCAUUUAAUUUAAGAGAAAGUCGUGAUUAUGACCAAGGAAUAAAACUUCCAGUUACGUGCGCUCCACAUAAAAAAUUGGAGUUUUAUUUCUU